AGGACCUUUCUUGUAUCGAUUUGCGAAGUGAAGACACAAAGGCAGCUCUUGCGCUCUACGUCUACACGAUGGCUUCAUCCUCCUCGUCUAUUGAGGCAGGCAACGGGGGCAAAGAGCAGCAGCUACGGCCCUCCCGCUUCACUAAAAAGACCGCAGUUUUGGCUCUGGUCGGAGGUACUCUUAUCGUGGGAGCCGUGUUUGGGGGUGUCUUCGGCUCCCGGGCUGUGGAGAAAAAAAGACGGGUACCCAUCAAGGUGGAAGAUGUAACGUAUGCAAUGGUCACUGAGGGCUUCAUGAACGCUGCCGUGGUGCCUGUGCCCCAAAACAUCCUGCAAAAAGCCAACACUUCCUCUGCAAGCUCGCCCGCACUCACAACAUUGGCAACGGGUGACAAAGCCCCCGCAGGAAAUCCCCUUCAAGGUGAAACCUCUAUUUUUAGCUUUGACUACUGGUUUGGUGAUCAGGGUAUCGCAGGCAUUCCCAUGUUCGACCCCAUGCCUUUGGUGCUGCCUCCUGAGGCUACGACCAUUCCGUCUUGGGUGUCGGCCGCUCAAUUCCGCAAUACCGAAGGCCGUGUCUUGUGCUACGCCAGCACGGGGAAGGAAGUGAUAGAAAUGGUCAGCGGGGACGAGAGUCCGUGCGAAGUCAUCGUUUUGACGAACGAUCGGUUUACGCCUUACUCAAUCGACAAGAUCAUGAACGUCACCAAGCCCAAGAUCAUCAUCGGUCGGCCUAUCUAUGCACCUAUGCUAAACUGCACCAACCAGAUUCCGCGCUUGUUCGAAGUCUAUCCGGGAGGCCAGCUGGAGACGCGAAGCGUCAUUUUAGUUCGUGGCUUUGGCCGUAACGUCGGUCUCAAUGGGAACGAGAUCAAUCUUACCAUCGGUACUAUCAUUCGCGUGCAAGUUGGCGGGCAAUUCAUGGCGACCGGCUGCAUGUUCCGUGAGCGAAACAACACGUUUCCCAAUUUUCUCGACGAGGUACGCCGCAAGCUUGAGACGCCCACAGCCCGCAAUCGACAGUUUGGCCAGAUGACGCUAGUACUGGGUGGAAACCUCGUUUUGCUCGGAUGCCGAUCACUCCGCUUCCGUCCCUUUGGGAACGGAGUCUUGAAUACGAUGGUCAUUGGGCGUGAUAUCAACGUGGUGGCGGGCACGGCCACACUUAUCGGACAUUGCUCAGGAUCAUCGAGCUUGUGGAGUACCAACUACUUUAUGACAGGCGCUCUUGCUACGGUGAUGGGCGGGGUCUUGACCUUUAUCGGUGGGAACAACAUCGGUGCCAACUUGCUGCAGGUGCAAGGCGGGACCAUGGUGAACUUCGGUACUUUUGCGGGCGUCCUGGUCACUGUUGGCUACGGGUAUACGACGGUUAAAGGUCUGCUUUUCCGGUCGAUCGCGGGGCAGUUCGGAACCAUCGCUGGUGUCUCCGUUCAGAUCGCUUUUGUACGAGGUAGUGCGGAUGGUGUAAGAUUUGUGGCAGGUGCGGGGCACACCCAUGCGACAUUCACGGGGGUGAAUAACAGACAAACUGGAGUUGAGACCGGCUACAUGAUAUCAGGAUGUCUCUUCGGCGUUGGGGGCUCAAACUAUGUGGGUGCAGGCUCAUCAUUUUUCCAAGCUAUCCCGAAGGCUUCUUCGGCCGUCACAGACUCCAAGAGUGGUGUUGGUCUGACCAGCUACUACGGAGCGGGCAGCUCUACUAACUCUUAUGUACCGGGCUUUAGUGCGAUUCUGGCCCGCUUCAAUACAGGCAUUGGGACUGAUUUCUUCAUGGGUGCUGGGUGGCACAACAACAUCAACUGCACCCGCUUUAGCUACCAGCUGGCCAACUCAUUCAUUGGUCUCGGCAAUCAAGGUUAUGUGGGCUUUGGAGGCGCAGCAUUCAUCCGCAGCUAUUCUGCAUCGGCUCGUGUGUACCAGUACAAAUAUCCCACGAUCUACACCUUCACGGUUGCAGGCACUGGUGUAGGAUCGUCCGGAACAAAAGGCCAGAACUUGGUGCUGACCAAGGGUGGUAUUACGCGCUAUAUCCACAACAAGACAACAAACACGGUCACUAAAAUCUCCACACCUCACGUACAAAAAACGCUUGCGCCGACCAGGGCCCCUGGAGGUCGAAGGCGAAGGACGGUUGCUCGGAAGCGAGCUGUUCAAACCGAGGAUCUCAAAAACAUCCCGCCUACCAUGGGGUCCUGGCUCAAAAACAUCGUCGACGCUACCGGUGGCUUGGACCCUGGCUUGCAAAACAAAAUAGUAAUGCUCCAGACCACAAUCUUGGAGAGGAAGGUGAAAUUGCCUCCGCAUCCGAAGCACUUCAGGGAUCGAAGGUUGAAGGAGCGAUCCGGGGGCUACGCCAAGAUCCUGGCGGAUGGACUGGUUGACUUUGAAGGGUCCGAGGCAGUCGAAACGCCUGGUUUGAUCUCAGCGAACAACUCGGACUGCUUCCUGUGCAACGUGGGCCCAGGCAACACUGCCGACCACAUCGGUGGACCGGGAGCGUGCGAGGUCAAGGACGUCUGUGGAGACUCCAAUAACCCCGCAGAGAUCUACGCUCGCGCUCAAGAGUCGACGACGACCAAUAUUCUUCCCCCUGCCCUGGACAAGUCCUUAGGCAACGUGGACGAGGACGGGAACCCGAUUUUAUCCGACACGUGGAUCUUGUGGCACGAGAUGGUCGUGUACUGCCAUUCCACGGACCCAGAGACAGAAGACAGCAGCAUCACGCGCGGGUGCUUGACUGAGCAGUACAUCAAGGACGUGAUCAGGGGCUACAUCCUGCUGGACAACGUGAAGAACGAGUACCAAAUGGCGGUGAGCGAAAGUGGCGUCCAUGCCUCGGCAGACGCUUUCCCUGACCCGACACUAGAUGACCUUAAGGUGGCUGUCAGUCCAGAGUGGAAUCCGGAGUGCCAAGGAUGGACUAAGUACGACAUUCGCAUGGUGGCGAACGACCCAGAGGUCGAGCAGCACAUUUUGGACAUCUUCGAGGGCUUCGUGGAGGACCCUUCCGACUUGGAAACGACCAUCAUCGAGAAUGCGGACCCAUCCGCCGAGUUGCAGCCCUGUGCAAUCAGAAUCACGGAGAAGGGGGAGCAGAGGUAUCCUUCGAUCAACUCCAUGCCUGCUUUCAAGCCGUCUCGGAGGCUGAUGAUAGGACCUGACGUGGUGAUCGCCGAUGGGGUGUCGAUCGAGCCUGUGAAGUUCCUGUAUCCCGGCGAGACCUACGUGGUGUAUUUGCAGAACUUUCCCAAGGGCGCCACCAUCGAGGUGAUGCUCAUGGAUGGCCUGGUUCAGACAGGGCCCGUGGUAGCCACGCUCGAUUCGUUUGCAGGGGAUGGUAUUGCAGAGGUCAGCUGGACGGUCCCACGGGACAUAAUUGUAAACGGUAAGAUACAGGAGCUGUGGCAUGGCAAGUACUACUUGAAAGCCCAGAUCAAGAAUCUCGCUGCUUUCUUCACGUAUUCUCAGGUGUUUUAUUUCGAUGAUGGGUACAGCAAUUGA